CUCACUACUCCGAAUGACGCUGCGGAUGGAAUGUAUAUGUCCGGAUUAUUGGCUUGGAAAUCACCGUUUUUGAUGGAAGCUGUUGUGAAAGCAUUGAAUAUAUCACCCAAUGACCAAAUAUUGGAGCUCGGUAUGGGUUUUGGUGAAGGGAUUUUAAAUUCAUAUAAUAAUCUGAGGAAAGGGAAUGGAAGUGUAUACUCUGUGGAUAGAUGGGCUUCAUUGUUCACUAUAGCACAGUGUCGUUUUCCUGAAAAAGCUUUGGAAGAUAAACAAAUUGUGUAUGAUCCGAAAUUAUUGCCAUUCAAUAAUGAAUUUUUCGAUAAAGUCUUUCAUGUCCAUUCAUCAUACUUUUGGACUCCUGAUUUGCCAGCAACGCUCGGUGAAAUAAUGAGAGUGUUAAAACCGGGGGGCAUCUUACUUUCCGGCAUGCACUUGAAAAAGCUAGAAGUUUUAGAGAAAAUGAAAUUACUAAGGCGAAGGCAGUUCGAUCCUGCUCGAUAUCUUUGUGCAUUGGAGCCUGCUGGAUUCAAAGAUGUCAAAGUAAUUCUUUUUUCUUAUAUUUUGGUAUUGUUAAGUCGGAAAGAACAAAUUGAAAAAAUAUUUCAGAUGGAAUAUAUCAAAGGAAGAACUAGUAGCGAGUAUCAGUUAAUUACUGCAAAAAAGCCACUGCAGAUAAAAGAUUUAAGGGAUCCAGAUGUGGUUGCUGCAUAUCUUGAGAGCAAAUUUUUAAGAGAAUACUUCAUUGAACGAAGUAUCGAUGAUGGUCAUUCAGUAGUUGAUGUAGAAAAAGAACUUUUAAGUGAUGAAUUUGAUGAUAUAAGGUCAGUAGAAGAUUCGAAGCCUACAUUAAUCGGAAAAAAUAAGCACAAAGAAAAUUAG